AUUUAAAUUUGUGUAGAAAGGAAUUCAUUAACGGUGAUUUCCAUUAACAUCACUCAAUUUUUAUUUUUCUUCGUUCAUUAGUUACAACAAAUAAUAAAGCAUGAUUUGCAAAAGUUAUUUUGAUUGACGUUUGUAUUAUCAUCGCAAAUCAUAUUUAAGGAGAGAGUUUACAAAGAAAAUUCAGUGGAAUUAUUUCAUUUUUAAUUGUACGACAAUUGAAUUCUAAUUAUGAAACAAAUUCAAAUCGUCUUUCUCGGAGCAGAAAAAGUCGGGAAAACUUCCACUAUUAAUCAAUUUUUGUACGGAUCAUUUCAAGACAAAACGGAUGCAACACUUGGGCACUGCUACAGUGAAACAGUCUUUCUUCCAAAUGGAAUUUUCCAAAACGUUAAAAUCGUAGACACUGCUGGUAGUGACGAGUUUCCUGCUAUGAGAAGGGUUAAUAUCAAAAAUGGAGACUAUCUCGUAGUCAUGUAUGCAGUGGAUAAUAGGCAAUCUCUGGACCAAGCUCUUAAUUUAUGCCAGGAAAUACGAGAAAUAAAAGGAAAAGAUUUUAAUAGAAUUAUACUAGUUGGAAACAAGAUUGACAAGAAAGACACGAGAGAAAUUACCACCGAAGAAGUUUUACGAAAGUCCAUCUCCGAAGGAAUACUUUGGUGUACGGAAACAAGUGCAAAACUAAACUGCAAUAUCAGAUGUCUCUUUCAAAUUAUAUUACAAGACUAUGUGAUAUCAUACGACUUAUAUGGUAAAUCAGACAAGGGUGUUAGUAAAUACAAAACAAAUACCAAAAACAGUAUUAUGUUUAAAUCUAAAAAAUUGUCAGUACAGAAUUUGGUUUAUAGUAUAUGUUCAACCACUAUACCAAAAAAUGCUUGAAAUGCGUAUUAAUGUAACUAAAUUAUUGAUUAUGAUUA